UUCAUCGGUGUGGUCUGUGGCAGGCGGACUAAUGAGGCAGUCCUUGCAUGCGAUAUGACAAGCGGAAUUACACGCACAACCCCCGUCGUCUGUACACGCGGGCUAAAUUAAAGAUUUGUUCGCCGAACGGCAGUCCUGCCUCUUCUCUCUCACCCGCGCGCGCGCGUGCUUUUUCCCCCUCCCAGUCGGCCACAAAUUUCUGCGAAACGCAGAACAUGAUCACUAGCUCGAGCUGCACGAGAUACUGUAGCUUCUGAGAGCGAACAACUGGCAUCGCCUGUCCCAGCCUCUUACAACGAGACAGGAAGCAGACGACAGUUUCUGUGGUAACGUCGUUAUUGUGACAUUGUGACUUCAGACGGUUAAUUAAGAGAGUGCGGGAGAUGGAUACUCAGUGAUAAAUUGGAUGAAGGAUUGUUAACUGUUCAUUCAGGACCUCGUGAGAACACAAACAACCCAACUUCUCAUCAAACAAGUGUGUUAAGGUAAAGAAUAAUUAGCGAGUACCUUUGUUCUCAAGACAGACGAUACUCUGUUGUAAUUAAACCGUCGAUUUUCUUCCUGUUUGGCCGCGAAUCGGAACAAUUUUGUUUUCAGAAAUCUUGUGUUUGUCUACCGUGGAGUAUUUGGAACGGUUACAAGCCUGCCAAGGUCAGACAAAUCGACUGUGUGGUAAAUGUGACAUACUCUCCUUUUGGCGGCAAGUAGACUGCUCCCUGUAUCCAAAAGGCUGAAGGAGGAUAAAAUCAGGGUCAUAAACUACCGCUGGCUACGGAUCUGUCCAAACGAUUGAUUGUCCGGGGAGAGAUGUCAAGCUGUCCUUUCACUAAGAUCCCACAAUAAGGAGUGACGAGCGCGUGACAGUGGGAGAAGGGGAAGGAGACAGAGAAAAGAAAGGGGUAGAAGAAAUAAUAAAAGCGAAAGGAACUUGUGUGUCGUACACAGCACACAGGAAGUCGCCAGUGUUACAUGCCUUGCCGAGCACGACAGACACAGUUUCGACUCGCUGUGCUGUGAGUGAGUGGUGGUGAUAAAUAAACACUCGCGCACGCCUCGAUUAACGAGUGAUUGCUUCGCUGGGUCUCCGACUGUCAGCAGCACGUGGUUGGAUCGUCUGUGUCGGACAGGAUUGAAGUAUCAAGGAGUAGGAUCGCAGGGUGCUUUGUAUGUUUAGUGCUGAGAUUUGGAUGGAGGUAGCCACACCGUACGGACUUAACGGUGACCUGUCCGGCUCGUCCCUGCAACACCCAGCCAACAUGGGCCCAGCUCUGACACCCACCCCGGGUGGACCGGUCUCGGCCAACGGCAGCGGAAACGUGGCGGCGAGGUGCUGCGCCGGGUGCGGGGGUCGAAUCCAGGAUCGCUUCCUGCUGCACGCGCUGGACCGCUACUGGCACACGGGCUGCCUCAAGUGCUCGUGCUGUCAGGCGCAGCUGGGCGAGAUUGGCACUUCCUGCUUCACCAAGGCCGGCAUGAUCCUCUGCCGAAACGACUACAUCAGACUGUUCGGCGCGGUUGGGUCGUGCAUGGCCUGCGGUCAGAACAUCCCCGCCAACGAGAUGGUGAUGCGCGCGCAAUCGCAUGUGUACCACGUCAAGUGCUUCACGUGCGUCACGUGCCGGAGCCCCCUUGUGCCCGGGGACCGCUUCGGGUUGGUCAACGGCAGCCUGGUGUGCGAGCAGGACUAUCCUAAGGUCGUGAAGGGGCACACGGCACUGCCUGCCCGGACGACACACAAGGUGUGUUGACCGCCGGGCUCCAAAGAAGUCGACGAAGAUGGGAAAAUGUCAUUUCCGGUCACGUGAAGGCUGGCCAAGCUGGGACUUCAGCGACUGAGCUGCGGCACGAACAACUUGCAACGCACCUUCUCUCAUUGUUUCCCCACCCGAUGACGCACCCGACAUAUGGCACAGCGCCCUCUAUCGCUACACGGCACAAAAGCGCUGCCCACGGAAGUGACGUCAUUGUUGAACCUAAAACCUUCGUUUGUGUUUUCUUCAAGUGCCGAGGAAGUGGCAUCUUCUUCAAAGAUCGACUGGACAGUACAGCUGGGUGGAGGGAGACCCAGCUCAGACUGACCUUUAGUGUCCAGUGCAUUAAGGUCGAUACACGUGUACAGACUGCACGUGCUUUGAUCACUGUAAGGGAGCCAUGUUUUGAAAAAAACAACAACUACAACAUAUAAAAUAAAUAAACAGUUGCGAAUUAUCUCUUACAAAUACGGAGAUUGGAUUUCUCAAAUUAGCAUCAUGUUUUCACGUCUGUCUCUCAUCUGCUUUCCCUUUGUCCCUCCAUCGUUCCACUUGUGGAUGUGUGAACUGUUAACUUUUCAACCCGUGAUUUUCUAUUUCCUUGCACUAAAAAGCAUUGACAGAAAGAGCAUUUUCAGUGUGGUCAUUUUGCAAGUGUUUUUCUGCGCUAGAAAUGUCGAACAAACCGACAAACAAAUCGGAAGGCAGUAGCUCUGUGGGAGGUGUCCUUUGGAAGGACAGAGAGACUAACACAUGUGCACUCAACAUUGAGUGUGCGACACUAGAUAUUACUGCGUUAUUAUUAAUUUGUGUCUCGUUGAAGUGUACACAUUAUGUGCGAGUGUCUCUUUUUCAUUGUACAUAUGGGUGACUGGGUGUGUGUGUGUACAGAGGUGCUGGAGAGUGACAGUCCACAGCUGUGUGCACAACUCGUGUUAAUGUGUUUUUGUGUUGCAAACGGUCUCACCUGCACACAGCUUUUUGAACCUCUUGCAAUAGUUUACCUGCCUCAGUUCUGAUUCGCUUUCAUUUCCUUGGCUGUCCUCAUUUCUCGAUGUCGUCACGAAGCUGAUGUCCAAAAUAUUAAAAAAUACAAAAAAUCAACAAUGGAAGGUCACGUGGACCGAGCAGGGUAUGAGGAGUUUGUGGGUGGAGGCAGGAGGCUUGAUUAUCAUAGUUUUAUUCUUAGCUUUUUGACUGCAGUAAAUGUUAGAAUAACUUUAAAUCGAAAACAAAGCCAUUUUACAUUCUGACUUAUUGUCCUGUUAAUUUUGAACGAGAUGCCACGUACUUCUGGCCAAUAUCGCAUCGACAGUACCCCUCCUCUCCCCCCAAAAAAUAUCAGUUGACAGGAACUGUUUGCAUGACAUAAUUUGUUUCUGGCCAUUGAACAAGCGAGUACAAAAACAGCUUUUUUUCUAAUUAUUUUAUUUUUUAAUUUCUUUUUUUACUUGUCUGCUGUGAUGUCGGGGACAAGAAACUGGAUAGAAGCCCGCUGUGAUGUGAAAGGUGUGGACAAGAGAGAACACCCGCGAAAGAGUGAUAAAGUGAGAUGAUUAUGGGAAGGAAACAAUACUGGCAGAUAAACAAGUGUUGAUUCGGACACUGACUUACUGGACUGACAAACCCUCAAAGCGGAUUUGAGAGAUAAAUAAUUAUGUUUUGGUUUUGAUUUCUUGUAUGUGCGGUUUUUUAUUUUUAUUUUUUGUUUUGUUGUUUUUUGUUUGGUUGGUUUUUUCCUUCUUUUUUGUUUUUUUGUUUGGGUUUUUUUUUGCUUUUGUGCCCUAUCGGUCGUCGGAUUGUGUGACAUGUUAAUAAGGAAGGGUAAGGGGUACGAAGAUCGGUCAUCAUGACCUUUUAUAGAGAUUUGCCUCUCGUGGACAGGAGUGGGCUACUCUUAGAUACAUAUAUUUCUCUGCUAAUCCCCUGUCCGCCUUUUUUAUACACAUUUUCUAGUGUUUUAUUAAUUUUUUUUAUUCCCAUCCUAUCCUAGUUUCAUUCUUGUGAAUUUUCAUUUUUGUAUUUUUGUAUUUUUAUAUUUUCGUCUGUGUGUUAUCUCUUUUCUUACGGAUGACAAGUAUCAAGGUAUGUAGGCAUGAAACUUGCACUCGCUUUUUUCUUUUUCUUUCUCGUAAAAUGUUGCAUUUUUCUGGCAGUAUUACUAAAUCUUGUAUUUCCCGAUGGAGUAAAAUGCUGCGCUGAAGCUAAGAAGAAAGUAGGGAUGCCUGAAACAGUUUAGGGAUGUGACGAAGGUGGACAUGCAUCCUUGUCUCAGUGAUGGCAAUGACUCACCCUCAAAGACAUCACUUGGACAUCAUAACAAAGGGCUGCAGGGUGUGAUCAUGGAGACAGAACAGUUGCUGAGCAAGGAUCGUGAUGGUGUGGGGCAGUUGCGGAUGGUUACAGUGCAGUGACCAGACAUUUCAGCUGAUGAAGGAAGUGUUCAGAAACCUGUCAUUUCUCCACCCAACCACCCGUCUGCCACGGUCAGAAAGUAAUGUGAUGAGUAUGGACAGUACACGAAGAAGUCAAAACAUUGCUAACCGCUUGAUUACACCCGACUGUGAGAUCUGCACGUGACAUUGUGUGUGUUUUGUGACUAUUUUUGUCCAGGAACAGCAGCCAGGACAAAACUAAUGACACAGACGAUCGCAGAUUUCCAUUCGCACUUAUUAUUUUUGUUAAACCACUCGUUCGUGGGACGGUGUUGAUAUACCACAUGAUUCGUCUUCGUUUGGUCAUUGACCUGUUGUCUUGUCCAUUCACCUUGUGUGCAUGACUUCUUCUCCUCCAACACCACAGGCGGCUGGUACCAAAAGGACCUGGCGUGCUGGGAGGCGGCCACAUCUGGAUUUAAGUGUUUACCUGCCUCUGUGUGGAGGAAAGGAGGCGGGACAGAGCAGCCGGGGGUAAGGGGAGGCCUCGUGACAGAAGCACAGUCUCGGAUGUCAAGCCUCUGUUUGCUAGGUUUUUUGGAGGCUUUUUCUCUUUUUCUUUCUUUCUUUUUGAGCAGUGGCCUUCAACAUCUAGUACACCACAACCAGAUUCUUCGAGGAGGACUGAACUAGUGAAGGGAAAAGGAGGUAUGAUUGUGUCGACAGAAAGAAUGUCAGUAAGAACGGUAUGUUGAGAAAAAAUAAUGGAUGAACAAUAUUGGCACUGAAACAAUGUUAGCUGGAACAACUUGCUGCACGUGCGUGUGUGUGUGUGUUCUUUUACCCGCCUGCUGCAAUCCAUGCCUCCAACUGCAGAUGAAAUCGGAAAGCUUUUCGCUCAAAUUUGCAGGCUUUUCUUAAACUUGUUUUUCUCUCACAUGUUCACAUUUUUUUAACGUUUCUUGCUGGUGGACCUGUGUUGUGAUUCUGCAAGAUAAAGAGAGAGAGUAUGGGCAAGAUGCUUAUUUCUUGUGAACAGACUUCACGAAAUCAAAUGUUCAGACAUUGAAAUGUUCAAAUGUUCAGACAUUCACUUUUCAGUACUGCACACAACGUGGAAUCCGUUUUUGUGUGAACCGCUUUGGUGUCAUCGGUUAGUGCUAUUUGAUUAAUCCUUGUUUAUGUUCCAUAUGGCGAUGAAAAUGUUUUCCAUUUCGGAUUCAAGGAGCAUUAAACUGUUCUGUACAAGUC